AUGGCAGCCGUGGUGGCAUGGAUGGCCGCUUGGUGGUUGACCGAGGCCGUUCCCCCGGCAGCCACGGGAUUGUUGCCGUUGGUGCUGUUGCCACUGCUGCAACUUGCCCCGGCCCGGGGCGCAGGCAGCGUGAUGAGCGUCGCCGCCGCGUAUGGCGACAGCAUGAUCUUCCUGUUCCUGGGCGGGUUUCUCAUUGCCCUGUGCAUUGAACGUAGCGGGCUCGAACGGCGCAUCGCGCUCACGAUCGUGGGCUUUGUCGGCGACAGCCCCCGUCAGCUUGUGCUCGGAUUCAUGUUGGCCACCGCCGCGUUGUCGAUGUGGAUGUCGAACACGGCCACGGCAAUGAUGAUGUUGCCUAUCGGCGUCAGCAUCAUCGCUCAAGCCCAAAGUAAACUGAGUUCCCGGCAGGUUGCACCCUUUGCCGCCGCGUUGAUGCUGGGCAUCGCCUACGGUGCGAACACCGGCGGCUUCGCCACACUCAUCGGCACGCCACCCAACGUGGUGUUCAAGCAAAUCUACAUCCAGCAGUUCGGCCCCGAGGCGCCAGAGAUUUCAUUCGGCGGUUGGAUGCUGAUGACGGUCCCAUUGUCGCUGGCCUUGGUGUUCCUCGGUUGGAUCGUUCUCGUACGGGUCAUGUUUCCCCAGCGAAGUGGUUCUUUGCUGGGUGGACAGAACGCCAUCGUCGAACAGAAGCAAGCGCUCGGGCCGUUGCGGCCAGCCGAGUUUCGCUCAGGGAUGAUCUUCUUGACUACAGCCAUUCUUUGGAUCACCCGAGAGCCCGUCGCCGGCGUUGGUUGGGCACCGUUGAUGGGUCUCGGGCGACAACUCGACGGCACCCGCCUCGUCGACGAUUCAACCAUUGCGAUGGCGAUGGCUAUUCUGUGCUUCGUGCUCCCUGCCGAUCGACUGGGCGGACCGCGCUUGUUGGACUGGGAAACCGCCGCCCGGGUUCCCUGGGGAGUGCUGUUGAUGUUCGGCGGUGGACUGGCCCUGGCCCAGGGGAUGACCUCCAGCGGGCUGGCCGCUUUUCUCGGCGAACAAUUCGGCCGCGAGUUGCAAGGCGUCUCCCCGCUCACCAUGACCGCGGCCACCGCCUUCGCCAUGACGUUCUUAACCGAACUCACCAGCAACUUGGCUUCCACUACCAUGAGCUUGCCGAUUCUGGCCACCGUGGCGGUCAACGUUGGCUGCGAUCCGCGGCUGCUGAUGAUCGCGGCCACCAUCUCGGCCAGCUGUGCGUUCAUGCUACCGGUGGCUACCCCGCCGAACGCCAUCAUCUACGCCUCGGGCUAUGUCCGCCUGGGCGACAUGGUGAAGGCCGGAUUAAUCAUGAACCUGCUGGGUGUCGUGCUGGUGGUGACCGUGCUUUUCACUCUAGGAAACGUCGUUUUGGGCAUCCACCCCAACGAAUUACCAGCCUGGGCCGUAACCCCGCCGGAGGCGUCCAAGUCGUUGAAUAAUCGCGACUUCGGUGCGCACGCUUCAUGUCGCCGGCUGUGCCGAGCGACCUCUCCUGGAGUCACGCCUGCCCGACUCACUAUGAAGCCAAGCCUGGGGCGAUCGAUCGCAGAUUCGCUCGGUGGGAACGGCGGCUUCAAGUUCGGCAAACGACAGCUACCGCAAUCGAGUGACCGCAUGAUGAAAAUGUUUGCUGGUAUCGUCUCGCUCACAAUCAUUCUCGCCAUCAGUUUCGUGGCCGUGGCCGAAGAGCCCGCUGUGGAAAAUACCGGCGGCAAAGUGAGCUAUUACAACCAAGUGCGGCCGAUCUUGCAGGCCGAGUGCCAGGGCUGUCAUCAACCGGCCCGUCCUGGCGGCGGCAUGGUGCUCACGCAUUACAGUUCAAUGCUUGAGCCAGGCGACAGCGAAGAGCCGCUGUUUAUUGCUGGCAAGCCGGACGAGAGUUUGCUUAUCGCCCAAAUCUCCGGCGACGCUCCUUUGAUGCCGCAAGAGGCCGACCCAUUAUCGGCCGACCAGAUUGAAUUGAUCCGCCGCUGGAUCAGCGAAGGCGCCGUAGACGACUCACCCGCUUCGGCCGCGGUGGUGGUCGAUGCCGAUCAUCCGCCGGUCUACGAUCAAAUGCCGGUCGUCACCGCGCUCGACUUCUCACCCGACGGAACCUUGUUGGCCGUCUCCGGCAAUCACGAAGUGCUGCUGCACAAAGCCGACGGUUCGGAACUGGUCGGUCGGUUGAUUGGACUUUCUUCGCGAAUCGAAUCGCUGGCCUUCUCACCCGACGGGCAGCGUCUGGCCGUCACCGGUGGCUCGCCGGGCCGCUUUGGCGAAUUGCAGGUGUGGAACGUGGCCGACCGAGCGUUACUGUACUCGGUCUCCAUCACCUUCGACACCAUCUAUGGGGCAAGCUGGUCGCCUGACGGCAAGCUCAUCGCGCUGGGGUGUGGUGACAACACCAUCCGUGCCCUCGAUUCGGAAACGGGAAACCAGGUGUUGUUUCAAGGCGCGCAUGCCGACUGGGUCAUCGACACGGUCUUCUCCAGCGAUGGUUCGCACCUGGUAUCAGUAAGCCGCGACCGUUCGAUGAAGCUCACCGAAGUGGCCACCGAACGGUUCGUCGAUAACAUCACCAGCAUUACCCCGGGCGCUCUCAAGGGUGGGCUGUUGGCCGUCGAUCGUCGACCCGAGAAAGACGAACUCCUCAUCGGCGGGGCCGACGGGGUGCCGAAGCUCUACCAGAUGUACCGGACCCAAGACCGCAAGAUCGGCGACGAUUACAACCUCAUUCGCCAGUACGAAGCCAUGCCUGGGCGGAUCUUCGAUGUGGCCUUCAGCCGCGAUGGCAACCACUUGGUCGCCGCCUCGAGCGCCAACCGCGCGGGUGAGGUUCGCGUCUACAACACUGAAGACGGUAAGCUUGUGGCCAAGUGCGAAGGCCAGCAGGGCCCCGUAUACGCCGUGAGUUUUCAACCCGACGGAAAAAUCGUCGCCUCGGCCGGCUUCGACGGACACGUCCGACUGAACGACGCCACCACCGGCGCACUGGUACGCGAGUUCGUCCCGGUGCCGAUGGCCCCCGAGGCCGUGGCCGCAAACGAAUAA